UAGAUCCAAAUCAGUUUCUUCCUCAACCCCAUACCUUUCGGACUGUUACGAGUAAAAAAAGUACAUUUUUCGGCUAAACACUUUUACACUCCUUUUUCUUUUAAACACAAGCAAACAUGUGCAAUUAUCCUUGUUAUCCUUCGGCUGCUCUCUAUUCCUGUGGUGGCUGUGGUCCCAGCGGCUUUUAUGAUCCUUGCUUUGGCUCUUACAAUGGACCAUUCAACUCCUGGUGUGGACCAAGCGGGCCAGGAUUUUGGGGCGGAAGGUAUUGCUAAGAACGUUUGAAUCCAGGAGAAGUGAGCGGAAACACACAUUACAGACCUGUUUUACACUAUCCCAACGAUUCCCCCAACAAGAAACCCCGAAUACCUACACUAACUUACACUAUAUGGUUGAUUAUCUCGAAUAGUUUUAGGAAAUUCACAUUGCAUCUGCCCUCGUAACAGUCGAAGAAAGGUUGGGCAACAAUACAUAAAUCGGCUAAUGAAUAAAUAAUUUUUUUGGUGUUCCUAA